AUGGUCACCAGCACAGGCGACAACAUCGUUGCCGAUAUGAUUGCCUCUCGCCCCCCCGAAGAGGUAGUCGAGCAUAUCGCUGCUCGGGACUCGAUCCAGAUCACUCACAAGGCAGAUGCAGAAGUUUCUGCGCCCUCUAGCGACGACGAUGAAUUUCCUUCCCCUACCGAAGAGGAACUGUCGUCACUACGGAAAGUCCCUGGUGACCUGUCAACCAUAGCUUUUGCUCUAUGUCUCGUGGAGUUUGCUGAACGUGCUUCGUACUAUGGUGCUUCAACGGUCUUCUCCAACUUCGUUGAGUUCCCUCUCCCGGCAGGUGGGAAUGGAGCUGGUGCACCUCCAAAAGGUACCCAAGAGACUGCUGGUGCCUUGGGCAUGGGUCUUCAAGCCUCCUCAGCUCUUGUCCUCCUCUUCCAGUUCCUUGCCUAUCUUGUUCCUAUCUUCGGUGGAUGGUGGGCUGAUGUCAAAGUCGGUCGAUACUAUGCUAUUAUCGUUGGUGUCAUUAUUUGCGGCAUUGCACACAUCAUACAGAUCAUUGGCGCAAUUCCUUCCGUCCUUCAAAAGGGAGCAUCUAACGCAGCACCCCCAUUUAUCCUCGGGUUGCUUAUUUUGGCUUUUGGUGCUGGAAUAUUCAAGCCGAACGUUGCACCUACUAUUCUCGACCAGCAAAUGAACCACAAGGAGCAUGUGAAGACAUUGAAAAGCGGUGAAAAGGUCAUUGUAUCGCCCGAACUCACUGCAACUCGUACCAUGCUCAUCUUCUAUGGCUCGGUCAACGUCGGAGCAUUCUAUGAGCUUGCCACCACCUACGCUGAGAAGGAUGUGGGUUAUUGGUUGGCAUUCUUGAUUUCAGGUAUCAUAUACUUUCUUCUGCCACUUCUUUUGUGGGCCAUGUACAAGCGUACCAAGAAGGUACCUCCAUCGGGUUCGGAGCUCACUAGUUCGAUUAAGAUCAUGGGUACUGCUCUUAAGAACAGCAAGUUUCGAGUCUGGAGGAAGGAUUUCUGGGAUUCGGCCAAGCCUUCAGUGCUGGCUGAGCGCGGUAUCACAGUCAGCUGGAGUGACCAACUAGUUGACGAUGUCAGACGAACCGUGGAUGCGUGUCACAUCUUUUUCUUCUUCCCCAUCUACAACCUGAACGAUGGUGGUAUCGGCUCUGUACCGACCAACCAGGCUGCUGCUAUGGUUACCAAUGGAGCCCCCAACGACCUGCUCAACAACUUUAAUCCACUGACUAUCAUCGUCUUUGUGCCUAUCCUCAGUUAUAUCAUUUACCCUCUGCUUCACCGAUUCAAGAUCAAACCGGGACCCAUCGACCGAAUCACCAUUGGUUUCUUUUUCGCCGCUCUCUCCGGUGCCGCUGGUGCUAUCGUUCAGUAUUAUGUGUACAAGACUUCUCCAUGUGGACACUACGCUUCAACCUGCGACGAGGUUUCACCAAUCUCCGUCUGGUGGCAGAUCCCUAACAAUGUGCUCAGUGCUAUUUCAGAGUGCUUCGCCAAUGUCACUGCCUACGAGCUUGCAUAUUCGCGAGCACCUCCAGCUAUGAGAAGUCUUGUUAUGGCUAUCUUCUUGUUUAUGACCGCUCUGUCAUCUGCAUUGGGAGAGAUCCUACUUCCAGUCCAGGUUGACCCCUACUUGAUUUGGCUGUGGGCAGGACCUGCCAUUGUCCUCGCUGUUCAAACCAUAUGGUUCUACUAUUUGUUCUACCCUCUUAACAAAGAGGAAUUCCUGACCAGGACAGCCGAUGACCUUUACAGCACGGGCGAGAAGUCUGAAACAGAACCCGAUGUUGAAAGAACUGUCGAGGAGACCAAAGUCUAG